AAACUAAGUGUUUGGGUGUUUGUGGUUGCUGUGAGGAGUGAGGGUUCUGUCUAAUAGAGAAGAUCUCUGCCUGCAGCAGCAGAGGAAACUUAGAGCUGCAGAGUGAAGUUUUUCAGAAACAGGAGGAACUUCAUCAGCCUGCUGCUUCUGGUUAAAUCAGUAGACUUUUCUGGAACAUCUAUUCUGGGAUCAUGAAGGAUCAAAACUUUAAGGACGAGGUGGCGAAAAUUCUGGAGGAAGCUCCGAACGCCAGGAAAGGUCUGCGGGAUAACUACGAAAACCUGCUGAAUGUGGCUGAUUACUGCUACAACACCUACACCCAGUCAGGUGAAAACAGCAUAAAGGCAUUGGAGGAAACUAAAAACUUCACCACCCAAUCAUUGGCCAGUGUUGCAUAUCAGAUCAGCACUCUGGCUAACAGUGUCCUGAGUCUGCUUGAUGCUCAGACCAAUCAGCUUCGACAGAUGGAGUCCUCCAUAAAUGUGAUUGGUCAGACUGUAGAGAUGCAUAAAGAGAAAGUUUCUCGGAGGGAGAUUGGCACCUUCACGGCGGUCAGACGAGUUCCUCGCAACCAUAAGAUCAUUCCUCCAACUGGCGCACAGCCCCGCCCACCGUACAGCCGCCGACCAAUCAACUACCAGCAGCUGGACGAACUGGGCCAUGGCAUAAAGGUCUCUGGGAAACAGACGGAGAAAACGGGAACGAUCCGGAAACAUGGAGCCUCCAUCAGGUCCAACAAAGCUCUGGAGCCAGUUCAAUGCCCAGUGGCGCCCCCUGCUGGAGGGUCCAGCUUUGGAAGACCUGUAGCUCCGCCCACCAUCCCCACCAAUUGGCAGGCUCCACCUGAGUGCGACAUCAUCACCAAUUUGCUGGAUGAAGCUCCGCCUCCUCCUCCUCUUCCAGCAGAGGAGUCGUUGCGUCAGAGUGGUGAGGUCAUCUCAGGCCUGCCCCCUCCUCCUCCUCCUCCUCCUGAUUCAUCAGGACUGAUGGUGGCUCCAACAGCUCCACCUCCUCCACCAGCCUUAUCAGGGGCUGUGAUCAAUCAAAGUGCUCCUCCUCCUCCUCCACCACCUCCUCCUCCUUCUUCUUCAGGGACUGUGAUCAACCAUGGCGCUCCAGCUCCUCCUCCAAUCCCAUGCCUUAGUCUAGAAACAGUGGUGGAGGAGAACAGCCUCCCACCACCUUCUCCUCCUCCUCCUUCUGAUGAUAAUGGCUUCCCACCAUUACCCAAUGACAACUCAGAGCUGCUGGCCCCGCCUCCACCAUCUCCACCCUCCCAGGAAGCAGACGUGACCCCCACAUCUAGGAGUUGCCACCGCCGGCGCUCGCCUCCAACCACUCGCUCUGUCUCUCUGAGGGUCCGCUCAGGCCCCGCCUCUCGCUGCCGAUAUACUCGCUCCCUCUUCUUGCCUGCUGUCCAGUCAUUCAUGAUCCCCCCUCCUCCACCAUACCCUCCCCCCAAUGCCCCCCAGGACCCCUCCAUCUCUUCCUCUUCCUCCUUCACCCUGCUCUCUCGCUCUUCCUCCUCCUCCCCCCGGCUUUGCUUACCUGCUCGUCUCGAACACCUGGAUCUUCAGAUCUUAGCCCUGCCCCCUCCUCUUCCAUUGGAUGAUGUUGGAGGUUUUGAUGACAUCAUACCACCCCUCCCUCCUCCAGUGGACUAUGACACCAGUACACCCCCUGACUACCUGGAGAAAGUGGUGGCGCUGUACUGUUACAAGGUCUCGAAGCCCGAUGACCUCCAACUCAAUGAGGGGGACAUCAUCUACAUGACACGUCGCCAUGCCGACGGCUGGUGUGAGGGUGUCUGUAAUGGCCGGGAGGGCUUCUUCCCACAGAACUACGUCCAGUCAUGCAACUAGAUGAAGCCCCUAUGCCUUUGUGUUACUAUGGAGAUGCUUAUUUUUCCAUCUAUUUUACUGAUUAUGUUUUUAUUUCAGCUUUAAACAUGUAGACUGCAGUGAUUAACACCUGUCUGUCUGACUGUAAAAAAAUAAAGUUUCACUGGAAAGCAAA